AUGAACUCCAAGAGGGGGAGCCUUGCGCUGACCACUUUGGAGGCCAGUGGGCCUUUAGGGAGGAGGAAGCUGGGCGCGCUGGAGCAGCCGGAGGGAACAGCGGCGCCGCCGGAGCUGCUGACGUUGCCUGCCGUGGAAAGGGCAUGCUGCAGCAGCACUUGCAGCAGUAGUAGUACCCCGGGUGGAACCAAUGAAUCUGCAGGGAAAUGGGGCUCAACAGGCGCCCUUCUAGAGAGCCCCACCUCUCGAGGACAACGUUGCGAAGGCUGCCUCGGACCCUGUUGCAGCCGCUGCGAGGCAGACAGUAGCAAUCGCUGCAGCAGCAUAUGCAGUAGCCCCAUCUCCAGUGGUAGCUUAAAGUGGUGGGAAGUUCAGCAAAGUUGCAGCUGCAGCAACUGUUGCUGCAGCGUUACCAAAGAUAUGGCCUGCAGCACAGUCUGCAGCACCUCUAGCAGGCCACAGGAACGGCAGUCCUCCCUUGUAUACACUUCCACCGAGCCGACUGAGACCAGCAGCAACUGCAGCAAUGGCGACAACUGCAAGAAGAGCUGCAGCACCAACUGUAAGGGAGGCAGCCCCAGCUGCUGGGAGUACAGGUGGCGCGGGCGUAUGAAUCUCUUCCUCAAAAGGGCUGUUCUAGGUGAGCGGAAGAACAGCACAAGCGGGAACAGCACAAGGAGCACCAGCUACAGCGGCUGCUGCAGCGCUGCCAACCCGGGUGCUCCUGAAGCCACUAUCCACGAGCAGCAGCAUGACAAUGCGCCUAGUGGUCUGCUAAAGGGGGCAGCAGAACCUGCGCCCAGCAUGCAGGAGGCGGCGCAUGAAGGGGCCCCCUCAAAUGCGGCCCCUUUAGCGGCCUUCGCAAGCUCCUGGAAGGAUAUAAGAGUGCCAAGAGGACUGCAUGCUGAAGCUAGAUCUGACAGGUCUCAAGAGACAUCGGCAGCUGAGACUGGAAUAACCGCUGCUGUGGCCAAUCCAGAGUCGCAGCAGCCGGAGCAGCCGAAGCAGCAGCAGCCGCUGCUUCUGCUGAGGGCAGUCAAACAGCUCCGCAGCUGCACCCCGAAACCGGACAACAGCAAUACCUGCGGCGACAGCUCGGGCAUCGAUAACCUCGUCAGACAACCGCUUCGACCACUCCCAGUGGCCUACAGCAGCAGCUACAAUCGAGCAGAAGCAGGGGCGGUCACAUCAGAAACUGACUCAGCAGCUGCAAAAUUGUCGUCAGCAGCAGCGGCAACGCCAACCGCUACAGCAACGACACCGACAGCACUGCCCACAACGCCUGCAGCAGCAGCGACACCAACAACAGCUGCGACAACGCCAACGGCAGCAGCAGCAACACCAAUGGCCGCGUCGGUAACCCACACAGGAAGAAUAACAUCAACAGCAGCACAGGCCAUAGCAGGAGCAGCAUCAACAGCAGCAACCGCAACACCGCUGGCAGCAGCAGCUUCAACAAUUGCUGCAUCAACAACAGCAGCAAAAAUACUACCUGCAGCUCCAGCAGCAGCAGAAACCACGACAAAAGCAGCAGGGAACCGUCCUAGUGAGCCAUCGUUUUCGACCUCAAGUGGCGGCUCCGCUCCUGCGAUAUGCCAGCAAGCGGCUCUGCCGUGUGAGCCCCGUUUGUGUUACUGCCUGGAGCAUCUUCUAGCCGGUCUCUGUUGGGGUCCCCCUUGCCUGUGCGAGGCCCUUCAGGAUUCUGUCCGUUGGGGCUUUGGCGGCACCUGCACGGUAGAUAGACACCUCGUGAACCCGCAGCAAGAACUCGAGCUGCUGCUGCAGCGAGCAGCUGCUACGGCCCCUGUGGGAGCGGAGACAGCCCCACAAGCGACCCCCCCAAAGAAGACUGCCAGCGAUUUCACUGAGGGCCCGUGUGCUGCUCAGAAGUCUGGCGAGGGGGGUCUCUGGUCUCUGGCGGGGGAUUCCUUGCUGCCAAUGAGAAUCACGGUUUCAACUGCUGAAGGCGACAGCUUUGCAUGUGCCUCGUGGAGCCGAUCUGUACCGGAGGAGGGUUCUGUUCCGUUGCUAAGUGGGGUAGCCUUGACGCCUCCCCACCUGCAGUCGUGCUGUCCUAUCAGUGAUUGGGGGAGUCCCGCACAGCAAUGGGCGGUCCCCCAGAGGACUGACUUUGAUGGACCGGAGAGCAGCAGCAGCAAAAUGAGGUCGUGGAAUCAUACGUUGGUGAAGAAACGCGGGUAUGGGAUGGGCAGUUUUUACAACGAGGAGAAGGAAGAAUGCCGAUCAUACCUUGGGUUGUUUGCACCAUUGUUAGGAUUUGAGGGCCCCCCAAGGGGUGGCUCUCAAGUCCCGAGCCGUUACCCGCGGACAGCCUUGUGUGCAGACGCAUUUGUGUGCUCUGGGGUACAGUGGUUCGGGUCGUCUGAAGACGAGGCGGGGGAGAGCGGUGCUGAGGGUGGAGGGAGUUCGUUUCUUCCUUUGGCUAGCUGCAGCGCCCGAUUCUGUGGGGGAAAAACGCUGGAGGCCGGAAAGCUCUACAUCCGGGAGGGGAGACGCAGGCGAGAUGGAGGGGUAAGAGACAGAAACAAAAUGGCUGACGGACUUCGAAGUGUUAGGGACUCUGGCAACAGCAUGCUUUAUGCCUCCAGCAAAAGAAACGCUGGAGCAACCUUCUGUUUAAGGGCCAACGCACAUCAACAACUACCUUCCCCCACAGGCGGACCUGCAACCGCUCAAGGUGCAGGCUGGGGAGAUAUCCGGGAACCAGAUCGAUCAGGAAAGUUCACUGGAGGCCCCGAGGGCACAUCGGGCUGCGGCGGUAGCCGCUGGAGGGACGGAGGGAGGGAAGAAUCAAAUGAUGCAGUCUGCAGCAGCAGCAGCAGCACUCAUCAAACAGUGUUGGAAAUUGCCGCUGUACCUGUGAGGACCAGGAAAGGGUUUAGGAAGCCCCUUCCUCUGCCACCUGAGAUGCUAGCAGCCAUUGCUGCAGCGGGGCCCCGUCGACCCGUGGAACCCGUGCUGCAAUACGAUGGAGAGAGCAGAGAAUGGAGAGUCUUCUGGAUGGAGGAACCCCAAGCGAGAUAUAAGGUGUUCCAGUCCAAAAAAUUUGGGAAAGAAAGGGCCCAGCAACUCGCCCUGGAGUGGCUGCACCGGGCUAAGGCAGGCGCUAUACACGGAUCCGGGAGAGGCCAACGGGUGGGGGGCCCGUCGGCGUACAGGUUCAAGCGAGGUAGACACGAAGGGCCGCCACUAGCCACCGAAUACAAACAUAGCAGCCCUGAAACCCUCCAACUAUCUACCCCCCACUCCGCUCUGGAACUGUCCCCUUAG